UUUGCCAUCCAACUCCACAAGAUAUAAAUCUGGGACCCACGACUGGCCUUCCUGCCAUCACAUACUUGACCUUAGUCCCACUCUGCGACCUUCGCCCCGCCCUCCCCCAGCUGCCUGACACCACACGCCACCAGCUGUGACUCAGUUCUCCUGCGUCGCUCGUCCUGUGGAGGUGAUCCCGGUAAUUUUUACAUCUGCCUCUUUGUGGCUCUCGAUGAUGGCAGCCGCUCCAGUGGUGGUAGUGGUGUUAGCACUGUUGGCAGGGGGAGUAUCAGCGUGCGGCUCGGGGUCCCAGCAACCUCGCCGACCUGUUCCUGUGGCUACCACGCCGGCGCCCGCCCCCGGACUCUGCUCCGGAGUGGCUCUGCUGCACGGCACUUUCUCGGACAUCCGGCAAAGCGUAUUACGUGAACUGUGCCUCAGGGUCCACCAGCACGUGCACCUCAAGACUUCGCAGCGUUCGGCCCCCAACCCCAAGCAACAGCCAAAGCGCACGGAGCAGGCGGCGGCGCUGAACCUCCACCGCGACAGCUUCAGUGAUCAGGUCAGGUGGGAAGCGGGAGAGGCGAGUGACGUCAUCAACACGGCAAACUGGUAUGUGGACGCGGAGGUGCCGCUGAGCAAUGGUUACACUUGGUACCAACAUGGCCUGCCCUUGUGGCCGCUGCUGGACCAAACACUUACACAGAAGGAGACCAUCCUGGGCAAGAAGAAGAAACUCAACUGGCCCAAUUAUGCAAUCGCGACGCCACUGUACGUCGCGCCCCUGGAAGCCUCCAACAGCCGUGAUCUUGCCAUCUCCGUCAGGAAGCUCUUCGCUGGGGACACUGCAAGGCCCGAGCAACAGAGCGCUAGCCAGAACACCUUCGCCAACAGCAACAAAUUCCAGUCUACCGUUCUGGAUUUCAUCAAAGACCAUUUUCAAGACCAAUUCGGUUACAUGCGUUCAGAUAUCGGUCAGACCUUCGGCGAGACCGAACGGUGGAUCCAACCGCUCAUAAAGCAAAGUCUGCGCCCCAUGUUGGAGUCUUUCAUGAAGAGGCAGAAGACUCGAGCGCCAAAGAGCAGAGAUGUGGCGACGUGUCCCGAUGAGGUGUACUUAUUCUUCCUGCAGAAGCCGUGCCCGACGGCCUCGGCCUGCCAGGUCAUCCUCGAUAUCCAGCAAGAACUGAGAGUCACCAACUGCGUCAACACCGAUGUUGUGGUCGGUUACACCACAGCGAGAUCCGCGCCCCAUGGCUAAGAGCUGUGACCGCGACAGAGACUCACUUACUAGGAUGGGCUUUUGAUGAUCUUAAUUUCACAUACAUAACAGUACGUUCUCUCAUUGAAGUUGUGUUUAGGCCUACACAUCUAUCUUAUUUUAGUUUAGUCCUUUAUUUACCACCCUGGCUAACUGUACCGGUGUGCAAAUGUGUGUGUGUUUGUGUGGUACAUUUGAAGUAUGGUCAUAACAUUAUAUAAUGGUAAACUGUCUCAGUGGUUACCAAACUGGGUGUCGCGGUGGACUGCAAGGCAUAGGGGUUGGCAUUUGAAUUCCAAAUUACUAUGACUGUUUAGGUGAACUUCAUAUUUUCCCUUUGUGCUUAUAAUCUAUGUUUAUUUUGUUUUGAGAUGCAGCGCUUCGUGGUAAAGAUAAGGGUACACUGUGGACUUGGUUCAAGAAAAGAGUGUCACAGAAGGGAUUUUCACUGAAAAAGGGGAACCAUUGGUCUGUCUAUACAUAUGUGGAUACAUACAGAUGCAGAAAAUAAUGGACACACAAGAACAUACACAUUAUCUGAAACACACGCUAAAGUACGCACACACAUGCAGUCACAAACUUAUACAUACAUGUAUAUAUCAGUUCAUAUGUGUCGCAUACCGUAUUAUAGAAAGAAACGAAGGUAUUAAACACUAUUCAAAUUAUUAGCUUUUGAUUGCAUUACAUUUACUCAUCAGUGAAUAAAUAUAUUUAAACAUCCCACCACACAAAUUAUCACACACAUGCAGCCAAAACCGGGUUGCCAGAUGAAUAAGCGUUUUGUUCCUUCACAAUACUGAGGGACAGUUGCUGGAAACAUCUAGUAUAUUUCUUGACUGCUCCUGAAAUUUUGGCGAAAAAUGGUAUGUCUUAAUUAUUAGUUUCACAUGUGUGUUCAUAAUUAUCCAUGCCUAAUAAAAGCGGUACGAUAAAAUAUAAUUAAAAUUAAUCAUCAGAUUAUCACUUCAAAUAUAUCAAAUUAGAUUAUAUCUAAUUAGCAUUGAUUUUAGUGUUCUGAUGCCAAACCUUAAAAUUUGUUUCAUAAUUUUAAACUCAAAUAUAUCAUGUCGCGAUCGCUUAUCGUUGAAGCAUAUACAGGUGUUUAAUGAAUAAUUUCCACCAUGCAACUAAAGUUAUAUAGAAUAAAGGUGUAUUCCCUUA